AAGUCGUUGUGUACACAGCGGUAGUGACAGCUUGAAGUACAUGAAUUUCGUGUAAUAUUUUGCAUUUUUGUGCGUAACUAUCGGAAUUUAUAUCAUUAUAUCAUACCACGUUUUAAGGUCUGUGUCGAGAUGCAUGUACUGCUUCUCAAAGAGCCACGAGAUGGAGAGUCUGGACCUGAUCCUUACAUCAAGGCGCUGGCCUCACAUGGACAUAAAGCAACCCUAAUCCCUGUGCUGUCUUUUAAGUUUGUCUCAUUGAACACUUUGUCAGACAAGCUUUUCCAACCAGAAAAACAUGGAGGUCUUAUAUUUACUAGCCCAAGAGCAGUGGAGGCUGUGAAGAUGUGCUUGGAAGCAGAAGAAAGACGGGAAGAAUGGAACAACUCUGUGAAAGACAAAUGGAACAGCAAGUCCAUCUAUGUGGUUGGGAAGGCAACUGCUGCAUUAGUACAGAGUCUGGGUCUGAACCCUUUGGGCGAGGACACAGGGACAGCAGAUGUCCUAUCACGUCUUAUCAUUGAACGAGAGGACACAAAUAUUCCACCACUUUUCUUCCCCUGUGGCUCAAUCAAGAGAGAAGUCUUGCCUACAGCUUUAAGGGAAAAUGGAGUGCCCCUAGAGACGCUGACUGUCUAUCAAACAGCGGAACAUCCAGAUCUGGAGAAAAAUAUAAAGAACUAUUUCACAGAGCAGGGCACUCCAGCCAGCAUAGCUUUCUUCAGUCCAUCAGGAGUGAAGUUCUGCCUAGAGGUGGUACGGAGGCUGUCAGGAGAACAGCUGGCUCAAAUAAAGUUUGCAGCCAUAGGGCCGACUACACAAGACGCCAUGACAGCAGAAGGCCUGAGAGUCAGCUGCGUUGCGGUGAAGCCAACAGCCGAACACCUGGCAGCAGCGAUAGCCAAAGCUCUACAGUGAUCAUCCCACAGGCUGCAGCCCUUAAAUCCAUCCACUUUAUCUUCUCUCUGUAUAUUCUGUAUUAUUUAUAAGUGCUGUCAUUUAUCUGUUUGUCUUGCACCACUUUUGUAUAUACAUCAGCUUAUUUGCACUGAGAAAAUGUAGCUUUUUGUGCCAUAAAAGCCUUAUAAUGUAAGUUAUUAUAAUUCCAAUCAUGUUAAGCCGCGUGCUAAAGAAAUUUAAUGCAGGGUUUGUUGUUGAAAAUAAACCUCGGGCAGUUUGAUGUGGAA